AUGUUUGCAUUUCAUAUAAUAACGUUAUUAGUAUGUUUUAUAACAUCACUAGUUAAAUCAUCACCAAUAUCAUCUUCAUCUUCACCAAUUGAAGGUUCACAAUUUGAAAUUAUACCAGAACUAGAUUUUUUUGUUGAAUCACAAUUUAAUGAAUAUGAAGUUGGAUUAUAUUAUGAUGUAAUGGAUAUUUUUAAUAAUUAUAAUUCCGAAGAUUUAAUUUAUAAAAGAGAUAAUUCUACUAAUGAUGGUGGUAUGCAAUUAGAUAAUGAUGCAUUAAGUAACACAAUAACCACCAUAAUAAGAUCAGUUAAUGAUUCAGGUGUAAUAUGGGCUUUAUUAGAUGCGAUUGCAGAUCAUCCAAGUAGAAUUGAUUAUAUAAGUAAUUUAACUUCAACUUUAUUAGAAGGUAGAAAUAUAACAAUUGAUGUUGGAGAUUUAUUAAGUGGUGAACCAGAUCCAAUAUGGCAAAAAAAUGUUAAUUUAACUGCUAUAAUGAAUGCUAUUCAAGAAAGUGGUUUAGUUGAUUCAUUUUUAGAUGGAUUUUUAUUAGAUACUGUAUUUAGACCAAGAUUAGUUGAUAUAAUUGAUAGAGUUGUUUGGUCACAAAGAGAUGCUUUAUUAUAUAUUUUUAAUGUCCUUUUAGUUAAAAGAGGGUUUAUUGAUGAAGAAGAUGUUAAAGAUAUUUUAAAAAGAGCAGAUUCAGCAAAUAAUGGUACAUUAAAUACAUUUUUAACAAAUUCUAUAGCAACAGUAUUAGGUUCAGGAAUAUUUGGUCAAGUUGCAGGAGAUUUAUUAAAUGCUUUGAAUGAUACUGAAGUUGCAGUUUAUGUUGUUAAAAGAUUUUUAUCAAAUGAUGCUUAUUUAAAUAUGACUGCAAGAUUAUUUAAUAGUUUAACAUCAGCAGGAGCAAUUCAUAUAUCAUUUGAAAGUUUAAAUGUUACAAAUGUUUUAAAUGAUGCUUUAAGUGAUCCAACAAGAAUUUCUUUAAUUGUUGGUUCUUUAUUAAGUGGUGAUUCAAGUUUAAUAACUAAUUAUUUUGGUAGAUAUUCUGGAGCUAUACAAGAUAUUUUAGCUCAAUUAGAAGCAAAAGGAUUAUUUGCUAGAUUAAAUUCUUAUAUAUGGGGUAAUCCAAGUGCAACUACUUCAAUUACUUUAGCUCCUUCUGCAACUUCAAAUGCUAAUAGAAACGCAAUAACAACAACAACAACAAGUUCUUCUUCAUUAACAACAAGAGUAGCUGAUGCAAAUUCAAAUCAAUCAAAAUCAAAUAAUGCUGGAAGCUUACAAUCAAAUUAUAAAUUACAAGCACUAGUAUUAAUACCUUUUGGAUUUUUAUCAAUGUUAUUUAUAAUUUAA